AAGGCCUAAUUUUUUUUUUGAUGCCCUAUGACUAUUAUUACUUUUAUGCAUGUGGCAUCACGAAAUCUGUACACCGACAAGAAGUGUGUUAGCACUAAAUUCUAAAUGUCUUUCUAGUGUGUGUGAAUGUCCUAAUUUUAAAUCAUGAAACUAAAUAUAUCCUAUCCUGCUACUGGGUGCCAGAAACUCAUCGAAAUUGAUGAUGAGAAGAAACUUCGUAUGUUUUAUGAAAAGCGUAUGGGACAUGAAGUUGAAGCUGAUGGACUUGGAGAUGAAUGGAAGAAUUACGUAGUUCGCAUUAGUGGUGGUAAUGAUAAGCAGGGAUUUCCCAUGAAGCAGGGUGUUUUGACAUCUGGUAGAGUUAGACUUCUUCUUUCUAAAGGACAUUCUUGCUACAGACCAAGACGAACUGGUGAGAGGAAGCGCAAAUCUGUUAGAGGCUGCAUUGUUGAUAGCAAUUUAAGUGUUCUUUGCCUAGUUAUUGUUAAAAAAGGUGAUCAAGAUAUUCCUGGUUUAACCGAUACAACUAUCCCUCGUCGCCUUGGACCAAAACGUGCUAGUAAAAUCAGAAAAUUAUUUAAUUUGGAGAAGGAUGAUGAUGUUAGACAGUUCGUAGUAAAGAGGCCUUUACCUCAGAAAGAAGGUAAGAGACCACAGACAAAAGCUCCUAAAAUUCAAAGACUUGUUACACCCGUGAUGUUGCAGCGUAAGCGUCAUCGUAUUGCCUUGAAACGCAAGCGUGCUCAAAAGCGAAAGGAUGAGGCCGCUGACUAUGCAAGAUUGUUGGCACAGAGGGCCAAGGAGGCUAAGGAGAAGAGAGCUGAAGAAGUACGCAGAAGGAGGUCUGCUUCUCAGCGAGAAUCUGUGUCAUCUAGUGGUCAUAAAAUGAGUACUAGUAAAUAAAUGUUCUAUUGAAUGAAAAAAAAAUAAAAGAAAUAUUGCAA